GGUUUAAAUACAUAUUCCCAUCAUUAAAUCUAGACAUAAACACAUCAUACUCACAAAAUUUGGCAGCAAACAGUUACUACAGACCCAUAAAUGAAAAAACGUAUUCACUUGUUUUCAAUUUUCACAUAACCACUUCCCUGAGUUUGGUCUCAAUUUGAUUGCCCCGCCGAGGCAUUACUACGCCAAGUGCGAUUAAGGUCCCAUACAGUGUAACGGGACCCACUAUAAGACAGCGACCGACCAAUUGCGUGUUAGGAGAGUUUCACCAACCCCGGACCGGUUUUUACCGGAUAUAACAGAACCGGUACGAACCGGUCUCAUUAUCUUCCAUCUUCUUUAUAUAGACCUCAUGCCAUGUGUGUGACUCACCAAGAAAAACACAAUCGUUUAAUCUCACCCAAGAAGACAAAAACACAGAGAGAGAAAGAGAGAGAAAUGGCGACGACAACAACAGAAGCAACGAAGACAUCAUCGACCAAUGGAGAAGAUCAGAAGCAGUCUCAGAAUCUUCGACAUCAAGAAGUUGGUCACAAGAGUCUCUUACAGAGCGAUGAUCUCUACCAGUAUAUACUGGAGACAAGUGUGUAUCCUAGAGAACCAGAAUCAAUGAAGGAACUCAGGGAAGUGACAGCAAAACAUCCAUGGAACAUAAUGACCACAUCAGCUGAUGAAGGACAGUUCUUAAACAUGCUUAUCAAGCUCGUUAACGCCAAGAACACAAUGGAGAUCGGAGUUUACACUGGCUACUCUCUUCUCGCCACCGCUCUUGCUCUCCCUGAAGACGGCAAAAUUCUGGCUAUGGAUGUCAACAGAGAGAAUUACGAAUUGGGUUUACCGAUCAUUGAGAAAGCCGGCGUUGCUCACAAGAUCGACUUCAGGGAAGGCCCUGCUCUUCCCGUUCUUGAUGAAAUCGUUGCUGACGAGAAGAACCAUGGAACAUAUGACUUUAUAUUCGUUGAUGCUGACAAAGACAACUACAUCAACUACCACAAGCGUUUGAUCGAUCUUGUGAAAAUUGGAGGAGUGAUUGGCUACGACAACACUCUGUGGAAUGGUUCUGUCGUGGCUCCUCCUGAUGCACCAAUGAGGAAGUACGUUCGUUACUACAGAGACUUUGUUCUUGAGCUUAACAAGGCUCUUGCUGCUGACCCUCGGAUCGAGAUCUGUAUGCUCCCUGUUGGUGAUGGAAUCACUAUCUGCCGUCGGAUCAGUUGAUUUGACUCCUCCCUACUCUGAGUUUGUCCACAGUGGAUUACUUUCCAUCUUCUUAUACCUUUCAAUCGCAUUUUCACCAACCACUAAAAUGGACCUUUUUAUGUAUUUGUGUUAAGUAAUAUCUCCAUUGUCCUUGUUUUGCUUUCUUCUGAACAAAGAAAUAAUAUGUACCUUACUUUUCUUCUUGGUCUCGUUCUUUUGUUUUUCUCCAUGAUACAACAUCUAAAGAAAUUAUUUGUGUCACAGCAACGUAAGUCGAUAAAAUUAGUUGAACAUAUUGAGAAAAAGUUAUCAUAGACCUUCAAUUGUUGAAAGUCGAUGUUGGUAUUUGUCAA